CACACAGGUGUCGCUAGCAAUCAACGACUGGAAGCAAUUUGAAAAGUAUAUUAUUAGGAAAUUUUUAUAUAUAAAAUUCCCAAUUAUUUUCAGUAAAGGGUUAUAAUGGAGGAGAGCGAAACAGGAAAAAAUCAAGAAAAUACUAAUACAGAUAGUGAAGAAGCAUCUGAAGCAGAUGAUAAUCAAGAUACUAAUGAAAUGGAAAUUGAAGUGGAUCCAGAAGCAAUAGAAGUUCAUAUGAAUCACCAUCGAAUAAAAGAUCUUAAAUACUUCGGAGAUACACUGCAAUGUGUUGAGGUUUUGGAAUUACGAAACAAUUUCAUCACUGAAAUUAAAAAUUUGGAUAAUCUAGUAACUUUGAAAGAAUUGGAAUUAUAUGACAAUCAAAUUACUAAACUGGAAAAUCUGGAUGCCCUUGUAAAUCUAGAAGUAUUGGACAUUUCCUUUAAUCGUCUACGUAAAAUAGAAAAUCUGGACAGUCUUACAAAGCUAAAGAAACUGUUUCUGGUCAACAAUAAAAUCACAAAGAUUGAAAAUAUCAAUCACUUAUCCAAUCUAGAAAUGCUAGAAUUGGGGUCUAACAAAAUACGGGUAAUUGAAAAUUUAGAAGGUUUAGACAAUCUGAAAAGUUUAUUUUUAGGAAAAAACAAAAUAACAAAAUUACAAAAUCUAGGUUCGCUUGUUCAACUGGAAUUAAUCAGUAUUCAGUCUAACAGAAUAGUGAAAUUAGAGGGCCUUGAAAAUCUUAUCAAUCUUGAGCAAUUAUAUCUUAGUCAUAAUGGUAUAGAGUGCAUGGAGGGCUUAGAAAAUAAUAAAAAGCUACAAACAUUGGACAUGGCAGCAAAUCGAAUUUCAAGAAUAGAAAAUAUUGAGCAUUUAACAGACUUGGAAGAAUUUUGGUUUAAUGAUAAUCAAAUACACAAGUGGGAAGAUGUUGAAGUUUUAAAGAAUUUUAAAAAAUUGAACACAGUUUAUCUUGAAAACAAUCCCAUUGCAGACGAUCCUAUGUACAGAUUUAAAAUUAAACAAAUAGCAUCUCAUAUACAGCAGAUUGAUGCUACAAUGUGUUAGCUUUGUAUAGUUAAGCAAAAUUGGAAUUGUUAAAAAAGUGGCAAUAAAAUUAAUAGUUACACAAACUAUAAUCAAAUUUUUAUUAUUUACAAGUUUUUUCUUACAAGCUGUUAAUGUCAUCUUGGAGGUAGAUGUAGUUCUGU